UGUGAACUGAAGAAGGCUGUAGCAUGUACAUGUCAGUGUUGCAAUUAGCGGUUACUCGUGUGUGUUUGUGUCCUUAGUAAACCCAGGAACGCAGUGGACAGUACGUUCAGCAGGAGCCACAAUGUCUCCCCUUUACAUAGCUGUUAUCCUUAUUAUCUCAGCGUGUAGUCCUCCGUGUCUGGCCCAGGGUUAUGGCCCCUUGCCUCACAAGGGCAAGAAACAUCGCACUACAACGACGACCACCUUGCCACCAGAUAUUGCUAGUUUGGACGUCGAUGGACAGCAAUACCAACCGGCAUUCAUCAACCCAGUUAGCAGUCCUGUUCCCGAUAACAGCCUCGGCUCCUACAGCCAACCGGCUUCCCCUCCAGAGGGAGGAGGCUCAUAUUGGUGGCAGAACCCCAAUUCUCCUUUCAGUGGUGUGAGCCCACCCUCAUCUGCACAGCCCAGUGGUUGCGGUCCCGGAGUGGCUGGUGGCUGUGGAUCAACACCCGUCAACAUUCAGGGCAACCCAUUUCUGAGUGGCCUCAAACCGGGUGGGGCACCCCCUGUAAACCCUUCAGGCCAGACAGUAACCUGUAGUGGGCGUGGAUACAUCUGCUCUCCGAAACAUCUCUGCGUCAACGGAGUUGUCGUUGAAGAUGGACAGGGACUCAUCCAGGUGCGAUCAGAGAUACAGUACUGCAAUGCUGCCUCAGAGGUCUGCUGUCGUCUCCCUGCUGGACCUGAAAAACCAUCUAGUUGUGACAAUUAUGGUUCGGGUAGCAGCUGUGGUGGAAAUGUGGUUCCUUCACAGCCAGGUUUGGUCCAUGUCACCCCUUCCUCAUCUCAGCCAGGUUUGGUCCAUGUCACCCCUUCCUCAUCUCAGCCAGGUUUGGUCCAUGUCACCCCUUCCUCAUCUCAGCCAGGAUUAAUACAUAUCAGUCCCAGUCCAAACCAGCCUGGACUUAUUCAUGUUCCACCUCCGUCAAAACCAUCCUUCCCAGUCAGCGAAGUUCAGCGUCCAAGUGCCAGCAUCCCGUCAGUGACAUAUGCUCCAAGCAACAAUUUUGGUCGGCCAGUUCCUGGCACUUAUGGAGUACCAAUAGGAGGAUCAAUUUAUGAUAGCACUAGACAGCCUGUGACUCCAACGCCCAAUCCAAGCCCAUACACGGGACCACUCAACACUACACCACAUCCAGGCUGUGCAGCGGCUUUGAAGUGUGUUCCUGAAACAUACUGCACUGCAGACGGCGUCAUGGCAGAUCAUCCUGUCACACUCACCAGGGAACAGUAUGAGAACAGAGUUCCCUUGUCGGAAUGUGCUGAUCCUGACACUGGUGCUAUUGGAAAAUGUUGUCGAGAUCCCAACUACAAGGAUCCCUGGCCAGGUGGCAUGAUGAUGAAAAAUACUGAGGAUGGCCACCAGCACCAACACCAGCAGGAUGAGUGUGGUGCUGCGGCCUCAUGUCUGCACCCAUACCAGUGUGGCAACCAGUACAAGAUCCAGCCAGCUAAGAGUUGCAGAGUACCACUUGAUGGGGCAUCAGGAAUCUGCUGUUCCAAUCACCAGUCUGCAUUCCCUGGUGAAACAUUUAUUUCUGGAAGCACUCCACUCUCUCAGAAACCUGUUAAGAAGCCUAGUAUUGGUUAUCCUCAGCCAAAGCCAGUUUUUCAGCCAUUACCACAACCAGCUUCAUCCUCUCCUCAGCCAUUCCUUCACGUAGCCCCAUCCUCUCCUCAACCUUUCCCACAACAUGUUCCAUCAUCUCCUCAACCAUUCCCACAGCAUGUUCCAUCAUCUCCCCAACCAUUCCCACAACAUAUCCCAUCAUCUGCAGAACCACUUCCUCAUGUUCCAACACAGUCAUAUCCCCAGUACUCCCCAUCCUCUCCUCAACCUUUCCCACAGCAUGUUCCAUCAUCCCCUCAACCGUCUCCAUCAUCUCCUCAACCAUUCCCACAGCAUGUUCCAUCAUCCCCUCAACCAUUCCCACAGCAUGUUCCAUCAUCUCCUCAACCAUUCCCACAGCAUGUUCCAUCAUCUCCCCAACCAUUCCCACAGCAUGUUCCAUCAUCCCCUCAACCGUUCCCUCAACCAUCUCCAUCAUCUCCUCAACCAGCCCCUCAACCAUCUCCUCAACCAUUCCCACAAUAUCUGCCAUCUUCCCCUCAACAAUUUCCUGAGCCAUCUCCUCAACCAUAUCCACAAUCAAAACCAAGUCAUGAGCCAUUCCCUCAACCAACUCCACAACCCUCACAGCCUAUACCCAGUGCACAACCCCCAACAUAUCCAAAACCAGUCAAGUCAGUACAUCCUAAACCACAACCAACACAGCCUCAACCACUGUUCACCCGACCCACAUCUCCUCAACCUCUCCCUCAUCCAGGAUCUCAGUCACACUUCCCAGUGCCUCGGCCUGAGUCAAGUUUUCCAUCCAGACCAUCAACAGGUUAUCCCCAACCAGGAGUAGAGUGUGGGAUCAGGAGACAGGUGUCACGACAAGGCUUGGGUGAUACAGAUUCAGGAUUUGGCGAGUUUCCAUGGCAAGCACUGGUCUUAUCAAAUUCAAACCAGAGCGCACUCUGCAGUGCUGCAGUUAUCUCAGACAAGGCUGUGAUCACAGCUGCAAAUUGCCUUCACAAUUUGGAGUCCAGUGACAUAGUUGUUGAGGUUGGAGCAUGGCGACUCCUUUCCAGUGAUCAGCCAAAGCCCAUACAGGUGGUUCAAGUGGCUGCCAUUGCCCGGCAUCCAAGUUUUGAUGCUGGUUCCUUUUUCAAUGACUUAGCUGUGCUUAUUCUGGGCAAACAGCUGAAGUUUGAUGAUCACAUUGACAAGAUCUGCCUGCCGCCUAAAGACCAGGAUGUGACACAGUUCCAGCGCACGUGUAUUGCUACUGGCUGGGGCAAGAAGGCUUUGCAAGGAAAUGUUCCUGGCAGCAUUCUCCACCAAGUACCUGUGAGGCUGAUCCCUCACUCAACAUGUGAGGAUAUCCUCCGACAGACUCACCUGGGACGCUACUUCAUUUUAAACCCAUCCUUCCAAUGUGCUUUACCAACUGCACAGUCACAAGAUUUAUGCAAGGUUGAUGUGGGUGGUCCAAUUGCCUGUGAUCAAGGAGAUGGCCAUCAUGUGCUGAGUGGACUAUACAGCUGGGAUGUUGGCUGUAAUGUCCCCAGCAGCCCAACUGUACUUAGUGGGAUAGAUGUUGCCUGGAUUGAGAGCAUCCUGGGUCGUCCUGUGGAUGAACUUGUAAGGAAUGAACUGAAUGAAAUCCUUAGACAGCAGCAACAGCAGGAUCUGGGGAAUGUUGACACUGAGAGCAAGCCGGGUUUCUCUCAAGGAUAUGGCAAGAAGUAGACAAGUGCUGACCGUGUGACACCUGACAAAUGAAUCUCUUCCACGUGGUGCUGUGCUUCAUAAAUAUGUAGAAAACAUGCAACUUUGCACAUGUCCUUCUACUCAGAAUUAUUAUUGUUGGCCUGUAAAUAUAGAAUGCAAGGAUUCACGUUGAACUUUUGUGAUAACAGGGUUGACAUUUCUGAUUUCAUAACGGCAAGGAAUCACUUCAAGGAAGUCACUGCAUGGUGGAGUUAGUUUCUCAGUAAAGCGACUGUCUACAAAAUGGAUGUUUGAUCUUUGAUUUGUGGCAGGAUUGUUGAGAUUUUUCUUGUCAAAAUCAAAACUAGCAUGAAGCUCACUGAAAUUUCAAUGGGACAUUUUUGUGGCUAUCAACAUCACACAUGGUCACAUUGUUAUUUCACUGUGAACCUCUGUUGUGCAUUAUAGCCCUUUGAAAUCGUGACUUCAGUGAAUGUGCAUGCUAUGACCUUCAGUUCUGGAAGGGCAGCCACAAUUGUACUAAGAUUCAGAACCUGGUAGAAGAACAGCAUAUGAAACAGUGUUAUCUGCAUGUAUGCUAUGAACUUUUGGUAACGUGGGCGUUGCAAUCCUGAAUCAGCUUACCUUUCACUUCCGUUAAUUUUUGCCAUCUUAUGUUCUUAUUUACAACUGCUUCCUAACAUAGAUAAUGAAAUAAUAACAAGCAAGCAUUUGAAUAACUCUAUUGCCUGACCAACCUUCUAAGCACAAGCUACUGGGGAUGGAGGUGAGCAGUUCGUGCAACAUGUGCGUUUGUUUUCUCCAAAGUAUUAAGUUUUUACCUAUAAAACAUUUAUAAGUAAACAGUUUUACAGGCAUUAAAGAAAAACAAAAAUCAUAUAACAUUAAAUUACCAUCAUACAAAGGUCAAAAAUAUACUAGAAAUCUAUUUAA